AUGGCCAACUCUGCUGAUGGAGCUCCGAAGCGUCCUAAUUUCCUCUUCAUACUAGCCGAUGACUUGGGCUUUUCCGACAUUGGCUGCUACGGUGCCGAGAUCCAAACCCCCAACAUUGAUCGUCUUGCCUCAGAGGGCAUUCGCAUGUUGAACCACCAUGCUGCCGCAGCUUGUUCACCAACACGAGCGACGCUUCUCAGCGGCACUGAUGCCCACCUUGGUGGUUUAGGUGUUCUCAUAGAAUACAAGAGUAAUGAAAAAGGAGCCAAGCGAUAUGGAGGAAAGGCGGGCCAUGAAGGCUACCUCACUGAGAAUGUAGCCACCAUCCCCGAGAUUUUGGAAGACAAUGGCUAUUUCACUGCUAUGGCUGGCAAGUGGCACUUGGGUAUGCGCGAUGCUCAGGGACCCUGGAACCGUGGUUUCCAGAAAGCAUUUGCGAUGCUUCCCGGGUGCUGUAACCAUUACGGAUGGGAACCUGUACAGGAGAAGUUCCCUGUUGGUGGUCGCCCAAUUCACGCCGAGGGUGGUAAGAAAGUUGAUAUAGCUCCCAAUAAAACGGAAGACCCAAAUGGCUUUUAUUCCACCGACGCCUACACUGAUAACCUCAUUCAGUAUUUCGAGGAACGAACAGAACAAGAUAAGGAAAAGCCUUUCUUUGCAUAUCUGCCAUAUACUGCACCUCAUUGGCCAUUGCAAUGUUCGAAAGCACAACGCGACAAAUACAAGGGUAUCUACGACGAUGGACCAUACGCACUACGCGAGCGCCGAUUGAAGAAACUCGUAGACUUGGGCAUAAUAGACAAAUCUGUUGUUCCUCACCAAGUCGAGACUGAUACAAUGGGUGUUGGCGAAUGGGACGAUCUUUCACCUGAAGAAAAGAAGCUAUCUAGUCGGGCGAUGGAGGCUUAUGCAGGUAUGGUGGAUUCCAUCGACGUCAACAUCGGCAAGGUGGUGGACUACCUGAAGUCGACGGGCGAGUACGACAACACAUUCAUUGUUUUUAUGAGUGACAAUGGAGCUGAAGGAGCAGCCAUGGAGGCUAUUCCUAUCAUGGGAGAUAAAAUCACAAACGCCAUUCAUCAGUACUACGACAACUGCUACGAUAACAUCGGCUCUUGGAAUUCCUUCACCUGGCUUGGUCCCUUGUGGGCUCAGGCGUCCACUGCCCCGUCGAGAUUGUUCAAAUGCUUUCCAUCUCAAGGAGGUAUACUCGUGCCAUGCAUUGUGAAGCCUCCCGCCCGCACAUUCCACUCUACUAUCAAACCUGGAAGCUUUGAUCGAUCAUUCUCCACUGUAAUGGACUUUGCACCAACCUUUCUCGAUCUAGCGGGGGUAUCUUUCUCGCCUCCUUCUGGCACUGCACCCCCGGUAAGGACUGGAGAUGAUGCCACUGGUUUGGCCAAAACAACCAUCCCUUUCCGCGGAAGAUCAGUACAUGCCAUUCGAGGAAAGUCCUGGGUACCGUUCUUCUGCCGAGUCGAAAAGGUGGAAGACAAUGAGUUGUGGACAAUCCACUCCUCUACUGAGCCUGUUGGUUGGGAACUAUUUGCCAGGGGUGCUUUACGAAAGGGCAACUGGAAAAUCGUUCACAUCUCUAAGCAAGAAGGUGGUGCCGGAGUAGGCGAUGAGGGGUGGGAGUUGUUCAACGUUGUCGACGACCCUGGCGAGACCCAGAAUCUGGCGGAAAGUAACCCUGGCAAGCUACAAGAACUACUUGUACAUUGGGAUGAAUACGUGGUGGGAUGCGGAGUUGUGUGGGGAGAAAAGGCGGAGGCUUUGGGUCUUGACAAGGCCAGUGCUCCAGAGCUUUGGGAAGAUGACACGGACUUACAGAGGAGUUGGAUAGGUGCAAAGGCGGGUGAAUGCUUAGCUUGA